UUUUGAAACCCCACCCUCCGGCACAGCGGCUGUAAGCAGCGACGUUGGAGUGGUCCGAGGUGCUGGCCGCUGAAGGCUGACCGAGGAAGAGGAACGGAGUAAGAACUUCUCACGGAACAGUUCCGCAGUUUGGACACCGUGGUUAUGAAGCGGAGCACCGAAGAGACCCGGGCUCGACGCUGAACUCCCAACAAGAACUAAAGUUAACGGGAAUAGUUUGUCUUUCUUUCUUUCGGAUUUUUUUCCCUCCUCAGGACUGAAAAGCCAAGCAGGUUUGGAGAACUCUUCCUGUUCCCAGAGUCGGCGCCUCGCAGUUUUUGUAUGAGCUCCUUCAUAACACAGCCAGCAUGGAUGUUGUGGCGCACGGGAAUGCGGGAUUUCCUGUGUGGUCACCGCAGUGUUGCAUUCAGGCGCACUUUCUGGGUCCUCGGGCUUAAAUAAUGAACAGUGGUCAGCGCUUGAAACUUGUCGUAAAACACUGGUUGGCUGGACUGAAUGCUCCUUUUCCUGCUAUUCUUCUCCUCCUCUCAGCGCUUCCUGCUUAUGGUGGCCACUGCUCUUAAUGGCUAAAAAUACAUAAAAACCGAAUAUGGACUACCAAGUGUGGGGGAAAUGUUGAUUUGGACUCUUAUCUGUAAGCGGGAUAAUUCCUGAACAUUAAUUUUGAACUUUGACUCUACGGACUUGCUGCUCAACAGGUGGUUGUUCUGAAUGAGGAGGGGAAAGGAGGACAAAUUCAGUCAUAAUGAGUUGAUUCCAGAGUCUUUUAAACACAGGAUGAUGAGAUGAUAAUCUACUCAAACCAUGUGCCGGAAAACCACACACCACAUCAAUCUUUCAGAGAGUUAAUCACUGCUGUCUUUUAGAGAUUUGAUAAAUGCUACGAAAAGCAAACCAUCUGAGGACUGCUGAAAUGGAAAGAUUUGAGUUUAAUCCCAGAACAAAUGGAAGACAUUUGGCUUUCAUUUGUCCCUGAAUCCUCUUCCAUAGCUCACCUGUUGGUCUGACUUUUGAACACACCUCAUUGGUCCCUGAUGAGACAACAACAAAGACAGGAAAGGGAGCAAGGUGCGAUAAAGUACUCCUUUGUACUUUAUUUUCAGACCCCUGGAGUGCGCAGUCGGAUCCAGUCAGGCAAUAUAGUGGAGGUUCCAUGGAGCCGCUGAAGAACAUAUUCAGUCGUAGCUCACUGUCGAACUGGAAGAACUUGGAUCAGUCCCAAAAAGGGAACUUCACCAACCCUGUAUGGACGGCCUUGUUUGACUAUGAGGCCUCUUGUAAAGAUGAGCUCACCUUGCGUAAAGGUGACCUGGUGGAGGUUCUCUCUCAGGACUCUGAGAUAUCUGGAGAUGAGGGCUGGUGGGCAGGUAAGGUCAACAACAAGGUGGGCAUCUUCCCAUCCAACUACGGCUCCUUCAAGCCUAGUGGAUAUGCCAAGCUACCAGGUACCAGCGUGGUGGAGGAGCUAAACCAUGCUGUGGUUGGCACCGUCGAUCCCGAGGAGGUGGAUUUCCGGGAACUGAGCUUGGAGGAGGUGAUUGGGGUUGGGGGCUUCGGGAAAGUGUAUCGAGGUACAUGGAGGGGCGAGCUGGUGGCCGUGAAGGCGGCGCGGCAAGACCCGGACGAGGACAUCAGCGUGACGGCGCAGAAUGUGAAGCAGGAAGCCCAUUUGUUUGCCAUGCUCACCCACCAGAACAUUAUUGCCCUGAAGGGGGUGUGCUUGCAGGAGCCCAACCUGUGCCUCAUUAUGGAGUAUGCGUCGGGUGGGCCACUGAGCCGGGCGCUGGCCGGCCGCCGCAUCCCGCCUCACGUCCUGGUCAACUGGGCCGUGCAGAUAGCAAGAGGGAUGGUGUACCUGCACAAUGAAGCCAUCGUCCCCGUCAUCCACCGGGAUCUCAAGUCCAACAACAUCCUGCUGGCUCAGCCCAUAGAGAACGAAUGUAUGGAGGGGCUGACGUUGAAGAUCACUGACUUUGGCCUGGCCAGGGAGUGGCACAAGACCACAAAGAUGAGCACGGCCGGAACCUACGCCUGGAUGGCCCCGGAGGUCAUCAAGUCCUCCACCUUCUCCAAGGGCAGCGAUGUUUGGAGCUAUGGUGUCCUGCUGUGGGAGCUGCUAACUGGGGAGGCCCCCUACAAAGGGAUCGAUGGUCUUGCCGUCGCCUACGGAGUCGCCGUCAACAAGCUGACCCUGCCCAUCCCUUCCACCUGCCCCGAACCUUUCGCUCAGCUCAUGUCAGAAUGCUGGGACCAGGACCCUCACCGACGGCCCGACUUCGGCUCCAUCCUGGCGCAACUGACCGCCCUGGAGCAGCAGGUGAAGGAGGAGAUGCCGCAGGAGUCGUUUCACUCGCUGCAGGAUGACUGGAAGCUGGAGAUCCAGGACAUGUUUGACGAGCUGCGGGCCAAGGAGAAGGAGCUGCGGUGCCGCGAAGAGGAGCUGAAGCGAGCGGCCCUGGAGCAAAAGUCCCACGAAGAGUUCCUGCGGCAGCGCGAGCAGCAGCUGGCCCAGUGGGAGCAGGACGUGUUCGAGCGCGAGCUCAGCCUCCUCAUCCUCCACCUGAACCAGAACCAGGAGAAACCCAACGUCAAGAAGCGCAAGGGCACCUUCAAGAAGCACAAGCUCAAGAGCAAGAACGGCGAGAAGAUCAGCAUGCCACAAGAUUUCAUCCAUAAAAUUACAGUGCAGGCAUCCCCAGGCCUGGAAAAGAGGCGGAACUCUCCAGAUUUGGGUUCGGGCUCCUCGCCGUCCUUCGGCCCACGGUUUCGUGCGAUCCAACUCAGUCCCAGCGACAGCAGGACGUUUUGUCUGACCCCGGUCCGGUCAUUAGAGGCCCCGCCUCACAAGCAGUCCAACGGAGACCUGAGGCUGAACCCACACUGGAGGCCCCAGAGCCCCAAGAGUCCCAAAAGCCCCAAGGUUCUGCGGCUGAGUCCCCAGGAAAGCAGUUUAUCGAUGAGGGCCAAGCUGCUGGGGUUUGACAGCAACGAGAACGGAGACGCCAUGGACGACUUCGAGGAGUACCGCCCCCCCACGCCGACCUCGGCCUCCACUCAGAACGGCUCCUCGUCAAAGGACAGCCUCCGCCUCCCCCCCUCCCAGGGAGACUCUGGCAGUGAGGAGGGGGGCUACUCCCCGGCCGGCUCCCCGAUGCCCGAGAGGGGUUUCCUCGGCGGCGCUGUCAAGAAUACUCACCGGGCAUUGCUAGGCUGUGGCUCCCUCUUGACCUCCGUGGCGUUGGGUCGGGGCUUGGACUUCCCACCCAGGGUUCCCCCUCGAACUAACCCCCCAGCCUCGGAGGAACGCUCCUCCUUCGAGCUGGAGAUCUCCUCCCCCAGGCCGCUCAUAACCGACCCCCCCGUGGUGGACGACCUCAUCACCUUCUCCAUCUCUGAGCCGCUCCCCAAGCCGCUGCUGGAUUUAGCCCUGCAGUACCAGGAGCUAAAGCCGUUGCCCCUGACGCCGCCACCGCCCAACCCUCGCGAAAGGUCCGGCCCCCGGACGCCUCAGACGCACCACAGCGGCCCUCCGAGUCCGGGGACCCCACUGCAGCAGGACGGCGGCGUCCCGGCGGACUGGACCACUAGUUCUGGUUCCAGCAACGGAGAGCUGAGCACCGAGGCCUGGGAGCACCGACCCGACCGCAGGAGGAGGUCCAGCUACGGCCUGCACGCCUCCCAGCUGGUUUUAGAUCUCCCCCUAUGCCAAGACACACUGGACUUUGAGGACAAGACCUCCGUACCCUACGCCCUCCACCCCAACCCAGCGCUUUGGAGCCCCAAAACCCGCCGUCUCGAGGUCAGCGUCAUCCCCCGGCCACGCCCGUCUCCCAUCCGGCCCCGCAUCGACCCUUGGAGCUUCAUCUCGGCGGGAGGCGCCAUCUCAGCAGGGGGCCGCAGCCCCAUCCGCUCAGACAGCCACGCCCUGGGCUACCAGCCCUCGCCCACCAACCCCUUCACCAGCUGCGACCCUUUCCCCUCUCCAGACUGCGACCCCUUCGCCCUCAAGGCGGACCCUUCCAGCAGCUCCGACGGUGCGCCACCCUUCGACCCGUUCUCCACUCCGUUCCCGACCUCCCGAUCCGCCCCGUGCUCCACCAACGGCUCGCCCACUCUGCCCUCGUUCCGCAUCGCACCCAUCAACCCAGCGGACCCGGCCUUCAUGGACCUGGGCUGGGCGGCCUGCGGCAAGCCUCUGGACGUGACCAAAGAGAGAGCCCACCCCCGCAGGACGCUGGGGCUCAAGCCCUUCAAGUCGCCAACGCAACUCAGAGACGAUCGCUUCUGAAUCCAAAUCUCAUUCCCAGUCGUGGAUUAUAUGGAAUGCAGACUUCAUCCCAGCAAUACCUGAGCGAGGAUGGCCCCGCCCCCAACUUUUUCAAAUUGACUGUAAUUGGUGUCAAACAUUUGUGCUACGUUUGUGCUGCUCAAAUUUUAAUUGAUGUCAAUAAAUGUUUCUGGAGAUCAUCAAAGGUCAACCAGCCAUGCCUCAGCGACAAAAUCAAGCAAAAUACGGCGUCUCAAACCAUUUGUGCUCGUUUGUGCAGCACAAAUUUUUGUUAGUGCCGCUAUAAUUUUUAAGAUUUUCUUUUUUUUGAGUUUCCGAAGAUCAACCUGCUCCUACCACCUCCGCACUAACAAAAUCUAACUGUACUGACAUGAAUGAAUUGUGCUAUGUGUUUGUGCAGCUAAAAUUUUAGUAGCACCAAAUUUGUGAGAAUUUUUUUGAAAUUCUAAGUGUGAGGGCAGGAGCUGGGGGAACCUUUUGAUGACCUCAAAAAGCAUCUGGAAUCAUUUGCCUUUAGUUUGUUGGUGACCUAGAAAUCUUAAAAAUCAUAGCGGCACAAACAAAAAUUAACGCCGCACAAAUGGAGCCCAGCUGAUUGAAACCAUUAUGUUGUUUGAUUUUGUAAGUGUGGAAUAGCUGGUCGACUUUGUUGGCUUCUGGAAACAGUUAUAUCUUUAAAAUGAUGGCGGCACAAAUGAAGAUUUUUGCUGCACAAAUGUUUGACACCAAUUCUGUUUAAUUUAAAGAAGGUGACGGUUGUGGGGCAACUUCAAUCAGGUGCCAAUGCAAUUCAGUCCAGGACCAUUUUCACUACUGUUUUUUUUCUUUUUUUUUUUUUGUUGGGACGAAAACUUGGAACCUUUCAAAUUAAAACCCCACUGAGGGUAGGGAGCUGCAGGCAUUGUAGUUCUUUCUACCCCAGCCUGGUGCUUUGGAGAGCUGAAAGCCAGGGGAAAAGGUGAUACAAUGGAUUGUGGGAAAAUCUGCCUGUGAACCAACGGCUGGUGCCAAUUUCAUUUUCCUUUUUUAUUUUUUUGCCUGUGUCUCGUCUGUGUUACUGCUGUCCCUUUGAAGGAGCAGAAUCCAGAUCUGCAGCCGCAUCUUGAUCUUCUGUCAUCCUGCUCCUAUCAGCUGCUUUCAUCUCCCCCCGCUUCUUUGAAGCAUUGUGACAAUGCAGAGGUGGAUCAGGCCUUUUUUUUUUUUUUUUUUUUACACAGCUUCAUCCUACAGACUGAAAGCAGUCAGGACAAUGAAAGAAAAUUGGAGUGCCUUAUUUUGUGAAGUGUUUUUAAUAUAUAUAUAUCUAUAUCUCUUAAAGGUUCCCCUGAACCGUUUAGCCGGUGCGUUAGACAAGAUUUGACCUAAAUUUCCAGAUCGUGUAAGAAAAGGAAAAAAAAAAAAAGAAGAAAAUCAAAUGCUUGUGAGUGUGCAUCUGUGUCUCGUUGUUGGAAGAAAACUUCUUUUCUUUUUUUUUUUUUAUAGUUUUGUUGCUUUAUGGGAGAAUCCACUCGGUAGAUAUUCCAGUCCGCUCGUGAAAUCCAAAACGAAAACCGCGACCUAGGCGUACCCCCUCACCCCCCCAUCCCCCCCUCCUCCUGCAGCAGUAGAAAGCAUUCCAGUCACAUUCCUCGGGAAAUGCCAGGGAUUGGACGGAUCCACUGGGCUGGCAGGCGACACGGCGGCACAGGAAGCGGGACGGGGAGCCCUCCGUCGCCCCCCCAGCCUCCUCCACCCCUCCUUUCCCCUGCCAAAGAAUGCCGCCCAGCGCUCGGACAAAAGGUGCUUACAAAUAAGCGGUUUUGGGCUCCGCGCUGCGGCGGGCGGAGGCAGCAGGGAUUCACAUGCAGAGCAGCGCACAGAGCCUUGGUGGGAACACAAAUACAUUUUAUUAUUAUGGGAGUUAAAUAGAACUUGCUAAAUGCUUGAGGGCUUUAUUUAAAGAACGUGUGCAGCUUUCAUAGAAUCUGAAUCUGGUUUUUGAGAACUUCAUGCUGGUGGAGUUCUCAGUUUAAAGACGUUCUGGAUGCAGCUCUAAGGAAAAUUUUCCAAUUAAGACAGCUCAGUCAGGGUUUUAGAUUUUAAUUCACUUUUUAUAUUUUUUUUUUCGUCACUGUGAAGCAGCUACAUGACUUAUUCUGGCAUUUUGUAGAGGAAUAAAAACGUAUUUAAUUUUGACACAUUGCAAAAUUCUCUCUGAUGCUGCUUCUUUAAGGGAAAAGCACAGAUCUUUGAGUGAAGGUUUUGAGAUUAGAGUCAAAAUUCUGAAUUCUAAGAAAAAAGUCACAAUUCUGAGAUUUGAGUGAAAAUUGUGAUUUUAAAGUGGACAUUUUGAGUUCAAUGCCAGAAUUUUGAGAUUAAUGUCUGAAUUCUGACUUUUUCCAAUUUUUGAUUUGAAAAAAUUUCUUGUUUUAAGAAAAAAAAAAAAAAAUCAAAGUUUAGAUUUGAGUCAAUUCUGCAAAAGUCAGAGUUGUGCGAUUAAUCUGAUUUCAGACCUUUUUUUUAAAUUCAGAUUUUCAAGAAACCCCCUCAAUUCUGAUAUUAGUUAGAAUUCUCUGAAAUUCUGAAAUUACUUUUUUCAGUAUUCUGAUUUUUCAGUCUGAUUUUUUAUUUUUUUUUUGUGGCUUUAUCCUGUUGCUGCAUACCGAAGGCAUCUCUCCAUAAGCUAACAAAACUUGGUAAUUUUUUUGUAACUUCCCUACAAAGUUGCAAAAUGACAUCUUUAAACUUCAAAUAACAACUUCAUAGAACCUCAGUUCAAGAAAUGUAAGCUUUAGGAAGAUUGUCACCUAUACUGAACUGAUAAUUACCACACAAACAUUUCAGAUUCAUUAAAAUUUUUUCAUACAGUCCUAAAUGUAAAUCACUCUAAUGUGUUUCCUAGCUUGGCCUUCUCAGACAUUUCAACAUCCUGCUGUCUGCAGCUCGCUCCUCUACUUGUGCCACCAUGGAGUUGCCAAGCAACUAGCUGAGACGUUUAGGCCAAGUUACACAGUCAAAUUGCUUGAUUUUUGCUACUUUUGAUCCGAGCCUGUCUUUGGUUGGCUUCAUGCUUUAGGUCUAUUUUUUGUUGUUUCCAAUCGUUCUCAUCGAAGUCUUACAUCCCAUUUGCAUUCCAUGUUAAUGUUUUGUAGGCAUUCCAAAUCAUUCCCACCAACGUAGCUUCCUGUUGACACUUGGAUCAACUUAUUGCACAUCUCACAUGCUCAAGACACUUUUCAUAGGAUUUCUGUGAAACCGCUGUGGGAAAUGUUAAUUUGCACCUGGAGCUGAAUACCCCGCUGCAGCGAAGACGUCUUAUCCUCAGCAGUGUGUUGAAUAUCAGAGUUACGAUUCAUACCAGCCUCUAUGAUUUACUUAUUUCAAAAUGGCCUCUUUAUUACAUGAUUGUUUUGCGAGUGAGCACCUGAAAGAGACCCACUGAUUUAUAGCCGACAGUCUUCCUGUUAGCUUAACGUAAUUUGAAAUAUGAGAAAGAUUUUUGACCGGCUGUGUCACCGGAAUGCAUUUAUGGAAAAGCUCAAAUGAAAUCACCGGUUUUAUUGGAAGUAUUUUCCUUUAUAUAAAAUGAUAUAAAUAAUAAUAAUGUAUUUACUUUUUAAAUUCAUAAUGCACAACUGAUGUUGGUUGCCCUUAAUAUCCAGUACUAGUCACAUUUUUUUCGCUGGUUGCUGUAGUAGCUCAUUUAGAUGAGAUUUGGACACAAAUAAGAAAAAUGAGGGGGGAAAAGAACCAGGCUGAAAUGGUAAAAGUAAGUUCUAAAUUAAAGCUUUAUUUAAGACAAAUAAGUAGCUUAACUGGACUUAAAUACCUAACUAAAGAAUGAUUUUGUUAGCUGCCAUGAGAGACUGAGUAAUAGCGAUUUCAGCUAACUGCCAGAGCUAAUUCUUGCUUUAAAACUGUUUAUUUUGUUUAAAUAAUGUAAAGUCAUUACCAAACUGAGUUAGAUUUAUGCAUAACUUUCUCCUGUGUGCCCCUGAGAUACUUAUGAGCCUCCUGAGAAGGGCGGGGGCAGCAUAGCGCUAACAAAGUGAUCAGAUAUUUGGGUAAUUAAUUAGCCCUGGCGAUGCCGCGCUUUGGGCCAGAAGUGGGUCUGCUUCCUGCGUCGGCUCCCAUCCAGAUGCGUGUUGUGUCCUGUUUUCUUUUUAUGAACGUGUGAAGUUUCAGAGCCCGUGUGAGCUGGGGUCUCCUCCCUUUCCGUUCCUUUUUGUUGUUCUGUGCCAGCGGCUGCAGCUGCUGACUGCACCGUUUCUUUAUCGCCUUCGUUUCUGCUUCUGCAGCUUUCCCUCCUCACAUCUUAUUUACCUGGCCGUUCUUCACUUCUGCCUUGACUUCUCCUUACCGUCUUAGUUUUUGGGGCAUUUUCUCAUGAAUAGUCCUGGUAUCGGGGGAGCAUUCAGUUCUGUAACACCCAUGAAGUGCCAGAGGGUGGGAGAGGGAAAAAAUAAAGUGGCAUUUGUUCUAGGGCAGAGUCUAUUAACUGUGGAGCAAUUGUUUUCUUUUUGACACAUUCUGUUCUGGUCCAAAUCAUUUACUGGGAUUUCGAGUUAUGUGCCAUCCCACUGCUUCCUAACUCUAAAAGUUUUAAAGCUGUCUUAAAUGGCCACAAGAUUUGCUAAAUGGCUGCCAGUUAGGAAAAGACAAUUAUCCCUAACGGUAUGCCGUAACGGCUGCUGAAAGAAACGAUCAUCAUGACAAAUGGUUCCUAGUUAUUUUGUACCCUGGAUUUCCUAUUUCAUCUAAAGCUGCAAAACAUAGCAUUUUUUAAACUUAUUUAUUUUAUUUCACAUGGACGAUGUGCAACAUUUUAUUAACAUUUUAAACAGAGAGAUGCAUGGUACCAGGUUGUAGCAACUGGCUGAUUACAUCAACCUGUCCAUGAAUUUAACAGAUCAUAAAUUUAGUCACCAUCAUAUUGCAUCAAUAUGUGCAAUAUCUCAGUCCCAAUAUUUUGGAGGUUAGAACAUUUUCAGUGCCAUGCAUUAACACUCCACUUGCCAAUAAAGUGUUCCUUUUGGAUGUUUUUUUCGUUGUCCUUCACUAGCCACACCCGAUCUAUAUCCACUGACCCUUUUCCAUUAGGACCAACUUGGCAAGACUCGACUCAGUUCCAAGUGUUUUCCACUGGCCUACUUUGCUACUAAGCAAAGUACUUUGCUACUAAGCAAAGUAGGCUGAAAACACAAUGUCAAACCCGUGUUGGUCACUAGUUGCGUCAUGAGAGCAACGCCCUUAGGAGAAUUACACCUAGUGAACGUAUUUGGAGCGUUAAGGACAAUGGCAACUCUGAAAUCAUCAAUGUGGUGUACUGACGAGGUGCAGACAUUUUGCGCUUGCGUCAUAUACAGAUCAGGUUGGGGUACUUUUCGGACUCUUUGAUAGCCUGUUACUCCACCCACACAAAGCUGGUCCCCAAUUCUAGUGGAGAAUGACUCAAACUGAGUGGAGCCAAGUCGAGCCAUAACGACUUUCUAGUGGAAGAGGGCCAAUAAUGAACAAGUUUCUAAAGGAAGUUGGUAGACGAGUCUCAGAAUUUCCUUGCGGUUGGACAAUAAAUCAAUAAUGAUAUCAAAGUAGACACGUGUUCAAUAGCAAUAAAAAAAAAAAACGUCUAAUAGCAUUUUAAUAAUUUCACUGAACUCCCAUCCAGAACCAAACAGCAUUCAGGGGGAUGUAGGCCACCUCUCACGGUCAGCUAAGACAGUUGGGCGCCAUCGAUUCACUCACUCUUUAACCAGAUAGUGAGUGAGUUAUUCAACUGGUUAUACAACCCGUAAGUUACGCAGCAGCAGUUUCAGAUUUAAGUUAAAUAGGGUAUGAAUUGAAAUCCCAGAAAAGUCAGUCAUGAAUUGACCAAAACAAAGAUCUAAAACAGCAACAGAAGGAACCAACCAACUCCCAAAACAGACAUGUUUUGUUUUACUAACUAGUUAAAAGUGAAUAGCUAAAAUGAACCAAGCAAACAAAAUAGAAAGACGUAGAACUUUGAUUGCAAGUGAAUACUUAAUGCCUCGCCUCAGCAUGUCAACACGCUAAAAGCAGGUGCCAUCUUAUGAUAGUCGUUACCUUUGGGCGGCUGCUGUUUUCAUUGAUCAAAAAAGUGCAUCGAGGAAUCUGAGAUGAUUGAAAUGUUUGGGGAAAUUGCUUCAGUCACAAGUUUUCCUGUGUGAUGUAUCCUCUUCCAGCUGUCAUUCAGCAACCUGCCUUGGCUAGAUUUGAAUUUUCCUUCAGAGAUUUGGUUUUGGAAAACAUUUCUCGUCGUUUUCUAUUUAAUAAUUGAGGACCCUAAAAUAUGACUCGAAAUAAAAGGAGUCUCUUGUGCUUCUCACAGAUGAUUACUUUCCUACCUGCAGUCAGAGGGGGGAAUGUUUUUCCUUCUGGUAAUCACUUCUGUUGCGGAUUGACCCAGAAUGAAUAAGCACUUAUUUUUGCACACACACACAUAAAAAAAAAAAAAAAAAAAAGAAAUACUCCCCACACUCGCUUUCCCUGAACUUGGUUUUCUAAUUUGCUAGCUGUGAGCAAAAGGCUUGACACAUUUUAUUCAGGAUGUCUUUGACAGGAAUGUCUGAUUCUUGGUUUUGGCUGUCAGAUUUAAGAAGCGUAGCUGCCAUUCGUCGCCCCUGAGCUGACAACCUACGCUUCGACAAGAAAGUCCUGACGAGUCUCUGCGCGUAUAGGCAGCAGGCAGUCCGUCACCACAAGUCACUGUCCUGAGUGCAGCUGACAGGUAGCCAAGUCCCUCCGGCCCCAUUUGACAAACUUCAUUUAAAGACUUGCCCGGACCAUUUACAGUAAUAACUAAAUGCAAAGAUGGCCAGUGAGUCACGUGAAGAAAAUCAGUAGAGAAACCCUUUGAGACUACUUGUUACAAUUGACUGUUACAAAAUGAAAUCUUGGUUAACUUUAUCCGAAGUUUGUUUAUUGGAUCUGCUAAAAGUCAUGUUUACAUUCAUGCUUAUUUUUCCCUUAUUCAUGCUGUUGAAGUAUUUUCCUUAAUAAUAAAAUAACAAGUCUUAUAUUUAGUUUUUUGGUUCAAUAAUACUGUGUAAUAUAAUAUUAUCAAAUUUAGUUUGAUUUAUGCAUAACUUCCCACUGUGUAUCCAAUUCUAGUGAUAUUUUUUGAUGGGCGCUAUACGUCACAAUUUAAACUGAGGUUUGUGCUAAUUUCUAGAUUUGCAUACAUAAGAAAAACUAAAAAUAAUAAACUAGGCUUAAUUAUUUUUGAUAAAGCCAUGAAGUCAACAUAAGAAAUGGAAAAAGGUAACUAAACAAUUUUUAUGCUGGCUUAGCUUGAUUAACUUAUCAAUUUCAGCUAGCUGCCAGGGCUAGGAUUAAAAUAAUUUAAAAUGUUUUUUUGGUUUUAAAAAAAAAAGAAGCAGGAUUUAUUUAUAUGUUCCCACUGUGUAAUUCUUCUUUUUCUUGUUUUUGUUUUUCCUGAAUUAUAAAUCUGUCUGUGUCGGUAGCUGGUUUGUGUUUUCCCAUCUUCUAGUUUCUGAACACCAUGCAGACACAAUCCAAUUCACUUCUUUGUCAAAACAGAAAAUAGACAGGGUAAAUAACAUAAAUCAAUGUUCUGUACGGAACUGCAACAGCAUGGUGGGAUGGUGAUGGAGGUAGGAAAUAUAUUAAUUUAAAGCCUUCGAGGUAAACUAACCAAGCUGUGGAACAACAACAACUAAAAAAAAAACACGUGAACUUUUGUCAGUGAGGUAGGGAAAAUAAAAUAGAUCAUUUGAAUUUCUAAAGAGGUGAGGAAGAACAUUGUGCCCUUAAACAUGGCAGGUUUCUGCAGCGUGGCUUAAAAUGUUCUUAUUUUUUUACCCAACAGUUGCAUUUCUCCAGGGAAAAUUAGAAGCAGUUCAGUAAGACUGGAUUCAAACCGCUCCAAUUCAGUUUUUACUUUGGCAAGCUAGUUAUUGUUUAACUCCUACAGUGGCUCUCCAUUUAUCACUGGCAGUUUUCUUUUGUUUGCUUGCGGUCAAUUAGGUGGAUGUUCCAAAUGCGUGGUUUUCUGGCUUGCUAUAAUUGCUUCUCAGCUUCCUGUCUACACCAGAAACAUUAUUUAGCGUUUACGAAAGUGAAACACCUGGCCAGACCGUUGUUUGGCCCCAUUAGACCGGCACCAAAUGAUUAAAUCUGACCUUUCGCUGACCGUUCAGCGACGGCAGAACCCCGGCGGGGGAUGCGGACAAAAGCCCAGGUCGGCGAGAGAUCGCCAGCAGGUGGAGAAGCUUAAUGCUCGCCCUCUGAAAAAAAACUGUGAAUAUUAUUUCAAAUUCUUUUGGCGCGGGCACCCAAGGUCACAAUCUGCUGUCCCCUUCUCUUCCAAUAACAAUGAAAACAAAAUGAAUAGGAGCCGCGAAAGAAAGGCCGAUUGGUUUCCAGGAGCAGGGCGCCGGCUCCUGCGGACAACUGGCAGCGUGUCUGGAAAAUAAACACAGAUUUCAGCGAGGUUAUCAAGUCCGAGGCUCAAACACGCUUCCCUCAUUGAGCUCAACAGCAUGCGGCCGCUUGCUCGUGAUUAUUGCUCCGUCUAGUUACUGACACUCAAUUACCUUUGUCAUCUUCCUCUCUUGCAGAAGCUAUUCAGUUUGUACAUUUCUGGGGGUUUUUACAGCGCUGCUGCAAAUCAAUUUGGCUGAAUGAACUCUGAUCGGCCCUUAGAUAUGGAGGUGCUAAAUGAUUUAUUACCGUUUGCUUCUACAGAUAGAUGAUCUUUUCAGCCUUUCUCUUGUUCAUUUGAUAAACCAAUACAGAUCACAGUUCAUAGGCAAUCUCUUUCGAUCAUUAAGAGGACUGUAAAAAAGCAUUUCCCCCCCUUUUCGCUUGGUUUGGUUUGAAAUGCUAAUCGUAAUGUGUAAUUCAAAACCUCUGCUCAUUCAGCUGCAAAGACUGUAUGAAAUAAUCAUCGUCUCCUGUAAAUCCUGCCAGUGUGGCUGAUUGCAAGCUUUUAGCAAAGACAAUUUAUCUACAAAAAAACUGACAGUUAUUCCAAAAAGCUUGAUCAGCGUGUCACCAAUGCAAACGUAAGACUUUUUUAAGUCUUACGUUUAAGAAUGAAAUUUAAGACCUGUGGCUCUCUAGAACUGUACAAAUGAUGAUAAGUAAACUUGCACUAAUGGCUGGCUAGCUGGCUAUCAAACUAUCAGCUAGUUAGCGGUAGCCUCAACUGCCUCAAUGAAGAUGUCUAAUCUUUAGCCUGACAGUAAAGUCCCACAAGUAAAACAAAAUAUAUAUGCAGUACAGACCAAAGGUUUGGACACACUUUCUAAUUGAACUCAAUUAGAGUUCAAUUAUUGAACUCUAAUUGAACUCAAUUAGUUGAAAUAUAUUUACCACAACAAAAUUUAAGACCUUUAAAAAAAAGUAUAUUUAGGACUUCUUAAUGGUGUGCCGACAUGGUUAAUGGUUGUCGCUGCCAAAGACGAAACAACUACUUUCCCGAUUUAAGAAAUAUUAGAUUUUUCCCAAAUUUUGGACUUGACUUCUUUUUUUUCUCCUUAUCCUCCCUUCACAAAUUAUUUUUUUCUUGCACUCAGGUGUUCUUCGGUGUUCAAAUCACCUUGACGCUUUCAAUAAUUACAUUUCGAGUGUGACCAGCAAACAGUGUAAAUCUCUAAUCGGACGAGUGCUCCAUCACAACACUGCGAGAGGAAGCCAGGAAGUUUGUAACCGCUUUUCCUCUGAGCGCUAACUUGUUUUAACUACUGGCAAAUUAUCCCAAUUAUUAUCAUGUAAGGCAUUUAAAAGUAAUUAACAGAAGCCUGAGAGUAUUUAGCAGUGGGUGGUCUCUUUCAGGUGUUCAUUAGAGCUGAACUCCCAAUGAUCCACAGAUGCAAUUUGCAAGGUUUUGGUUGGAACAAAUCCCCGUGACUCAGAUGUUUCACACUCGACCUCUAAUGGGUUUUUAAAAAAUUUUUUAUUUUUUUUUACUUUCCUGCUCACGGUUUUUCCAUACAGCGGUCAAAAAGGAUAUUUAUGACUGGCCACCUUCUUAAACACUGGAUAGAGACUCUUUCGAGGUGACCGUUGACGCAGUCUACUUUAAGAUGAUAGAUGCUUGUUUUAGGUUUUCACUGGACUCUUGACGAGGCAUGCUUUUGGGUGCUUCUAUUCCUUCAUUUUUAAUGUAAAAUGUUUUCACUGCAGGGUGCAGUCAAAGAGUUUCUUUGCCUUUUGAGGAUUAAAAGUUGAGCUGUUUAGGUAAAAAUACGCAGAAACUUCAGCCUAAUGUUUCUUUGGGGCACCCAAACUUCCAAUUUUAUGUUGAACUGCUUUUUUUUUCACUCCUCUUUUCUUUUUCCUUUUUUUUUGGAUCACAAACAUGCGUCAGCUCUCCUUCUGCCUACUGUUGACCAUCUUUAAAGACUUCGCAGGCCUUCGUGCUUUUUCAAAAAUUCUCAAUUAUUAUUAUUUUUUUUUGUGAAAUCUCGCACUGGGCUGGGCCUGAAUCAUCUGUUUUUACUGUGCGUCAAGAGUAUUAUUUCUGUAUGCAGUAUGUGAAAGUGUUUUUAUUUCUUAUGACUAUUAUAAUGGGUUUUAACCUGUGGAGAGGAACAAAAAGCUGAAAAAAAAAAAAAAAAGAAGAAACGACCAAAUAAAACGUAACACUCCUGA